UCCCUGUAUGCCGAAACCUAUAAAUUCAAGAGUGUUGACUUGCAUAAACGAUCGGUCCAAUGAAGACAAGCAUGUUCGUGACUAUUGCAGCACAGUGUGAGUCGCUAUUGCGAAAAUUUUCAGCUUCUCAAUCCCUUUCUGAAACCAAAAAGUUGCACGCUCUCAUCCUCACCCUAGGUCUAUUCUCCUCCUCCAACAUUUGCUCUAAGCUUGCCACAACAUACGCACAAUGCCACCACGCCUCCUAUGCAUCCCAUCUGUUUGAUAAAUUGCCUCAACCAAGUUUGUUCUCUUGGAACGCUCUGAUGAGGAUGUAUGUCCAAAUUGGUCGCCCCCUUGAUGCCCUCAACUUGUUUGUUGAAAUGCUCGAGUCGGGUGGGACCAUACCGGACAAAUUCACUUACCCGGUUGUUAUCAAGGCUUGUGGUGACUUGUCUUUGAUUGAUGCAGGCGUUGGAAUUCAUGGGCAGACCUUUAAGUUUGGUUUCGAUUCCGACAUAUUCGUCCAAAACACUUUGUUAGCAAUGUACAUGAAUGCUGGGGAGAAAGAAGCAGCACAACUGGUUUUUGAGUUGAUGCAGGAACGCACUGUAAUUUCUUGGAAUACCAUGAUUAACGGGUACCUUCGGAAUAACUGUGCUGAGGAAGCACUGAGAGUUUAUGAUAGAAUGAUGGAUGUGGGUGUGGAGCCUGAUUGUGCAACUGUGGUUUCAGUAUUGCCUGCUUGUGGGCUUUUGAAGAAUGUGGAGUUUGGGAGAGAGGUUCAAGCGUUAGUUCAGGAGAGAGGGUUUUGGGGAAAUAUUGUAGUUAGGAAUGCAUUGCUGGACAUGUAUGUUAAGUGUGGUCAGAUGAAAGAAGCAUGGUUGCUAGCGAACAGGAUGGAUGAGAAAGAUGUGGUGACUUGGACUACUUUGAUUAAUGGAUACAUUCUGAAUGGGGAUGCUAGAAGUGCUUUGAUGCUUUGUCAGAUGAUGCAGUGUGAAGGAGUGAAACCAAAUUCGGUAAGUAUAGCUUCUUUACUAUCGGCCUGUGGCAGUUUGCUUUAUUUGAGCCACGGCAAGUGCCUGCAUGCGUGGGCAAUUAGGCAAAAGCUCGAGUCUGAGGUCGUUGUGGAAACUGCCUUGAUUGAUAUGUAUGCCAAAUGCAAUCGUGGCAACCUCAGUUAUAAGGUAUUUAUGGGAACAUCCAAGAAGAGAACAGCCCCAUGGAAUGCUAUUCUAUCUGGGUUCAUACAAAAUAGGCUUGCAAGAGAAGCAAUAGAACUCUUUAAACAAAUGUUAGUGAAAGACGUACAACCUGACAAUGCCACCUUUAAUAGUCUUCUUCCUGCAUAUGCUAUUCUUGCUGAUCUCCUACAGGCAAUAAACAUACAUUGUCACCUUAUAAAAUCAGGAUUUCUUUACAGAAUUGAAGUAGCAAGUAUUCUAGUUGAUAUAUACUCAAAGUGUGGAAGUUUACGAUAUGCUCACCAGAUUUUUAACAUAAUUCCUCUAAAGGACAAGGAUAUUAUUAUUUGGAGUGCAAUAAUUGCUGCUUAUGGAAAGCAUGGGCAUGGAAAAAUGGCUGUGAAACUUUUCAAUCAGAUGGUACAAUCUGGAGUAAAACCAAAUCAAGUCACCUUCACCUCUGUUCUUCAUGCUUGCAGCCAUGCAGGUUUGGUAGAUGAGGGUUUGUCUUUGUUCAAGUUUAUGCUUGAGCAACAUCAAAGUAUUCCCCAUGUUGAUCAUUAUACUUGCAUUAUUGAUCUUCUUGGACGUGCUGGUCGACUGAAUGAUGCUUAUAAUCUUAUCAGAACAAUGCCUAUAACACCUAACCAUGCUGUAUGGGGUGCACUACUUGGCGCUUGUGUAAUUCAUGAGAAUGUUGAACUGGGAGAGGUGGCUGCUAGGUGGACUUUUGAGCUUGAGCCUGAAAAUACCGGAAAUUAUGUUUUGUUGGCAAAACUUUAUGCUACUGUAGGAAGGUGGAGAGACGCAGAGAAGGUUAGAGGUAUGGUAAAUGAGGUGGGGUUAAGAAAACUACCUGCUCAUAGUCUAGUUGAGGUCAGAGAUACGUGAAUUUAACAUGUUCAUUUUGAUUGCAAUGUCAACUUAACAACAUUUGCCACAAACAUUAAAAGCCUCUCUAAAUUGAGAGUCAUCGUUGCUUUAGGUAUGGAAGAUCCUAUAAAAUGUGAAAGGUAUUUCCUUUACAGAGGGGGAAGUGCCUACUUGUUGCCAUUAUUUUAAUUAUAAUGGAGGGAAAUGUCUUUGCUUCAAUAAUGUUUGGUAAGCAGAGUUCAAGACAGAUUUUGGCUCCAAUUUCCUUGAUACACUUCUGUUCCUGUUCAAUAGCCAAUACCAAUCAGGGUCUAAUGUCUGGGGCUUUUGACACCCAUUCAUCAGCUAACAAGCUUCCCAGUUGCCAUGUUUGUGAUUAAAGUGAGACAUUUGAGUUAUUCAUGAUUGUGCCUGUUGCUACGGUUGUCUGGUCGUUGUUGAUCACUUACUGGCCGCAACUACUUAUUCUCUCAUUUUCUUGGUAAGUAGUUGGUUUUUUUUGUUACUUGUACUUUCACCUGCUUUUAAUGGUUAUGAAACUAGUUAUGUUGCUUCUGUUCUUGAAUUGUGAUGGCAAUGACGGCACACUGACUACGAGGGAAAGUGGUAGGGCAUAACUUGGUCGGUGCCUCGGUGUUACCACCUAUUCUUAUACCCUCUGCAGUCGCUUGAUAACUAUAUGCUAUUUCGCUGAACUGUGGCAGGAAAAAAGAAGCUAGGUUCUAACCCAAAACUCCCUAUUCUUGACAGUGUUCCGGCCUAAUAAAUUGGGGGUUAUUUAUCUCUCUGAUGCUUCAUGUCAUUAUCAAAUUAUUCUGAAAACAAAAGGAUCCGAAAAGCAAUGAGCUAACACCAGUUCCGGAGAAAUACAUAUCCCAGAUGUCAUGGCAGUGUCCUUUAUUUUAUCCCAUUCUCCAGACAAAUUUUGGGCUAAUACAACCAAACCCAAUAAAACAUACAGUUGUAUUGUAUCUUGCCCUUUUUUCUUUUAAAACUAGUCCAACCAAAGGAUAUUGCUGAGCAUUUUAAUAUUAUAGUAGUGUUUAACAAGUAGAAUGUUCUACUGAAUAAACACACGGGGAUCUAAUUUCAA